UUACAAGCCCUAUAAAUACAUCUAAUGAACUCACAAAUUUCCACCAACACAUUAGAUUGAUCCAACUCAAAUUCCAUAAAGAAAAAAUGGUUCUCCAAAGUGAAAUCCUUGCUGGGGGUGCCCACAAGAAAAUGAGCUUCGCAGAAAAAGAGGAAGUAGAAGUGUCUUACAACUUCAAUGAAGACUCUUCAUGCAUGCAAAUGGUGAGGCCUCAUGUCCCCGAAAAACACCACGGCGGCCACCACCACCUUUUCGGUGGGAAACACCAUGAAAGCCACCACCUUGGCCGCCAUGAUAGCGGCCGCGGCCGUGUGAAUGAGGUUGUGCAGGUGCAAGAAGAGAAAGUGGAGGUGUCUUCUAGUGAGAAGAAGUUGGUGAGUGGAAGGCAUGGCGGUGGAUAUGUAAAUGAUGAGACUCACUUUGUGAUGGAAUCUGAGUUCAAGGGUUUGGAGGAUUGAAGAUCCUAAGCUUUGAUGCACGACCGACCAUUUCUGCAUGCAUGUAAUAUAUAUUUAUAUGAAUAAUUAAAAUGUGUGGUAAAAUAAUCAUGGAGGGCAUGAUCACGUUAUGCUAUGUAUGGUGUGAACUGUGAAAUAAGUAUAAGAAGUUACAUAUAUAUUAUCAUACACUUAUACUUCUAUGAGUCUAUCCAUAUUCCAUAUAUAUUUCCAUCUAAUCUAGCUUGAUUAAUAUAAUUCCAAACAAAAGUGCAUGGUUGGUUAUUUAAUUUACUAAAUUAAUUGCUCCCAGCUCGUCGCCACCAUUUGUUGUUGCCGACCACCUGCACCAGCUAUCAUGCAUCACGGGAAAAAAAGUUUUGGAAGUGAAAACUAUAUCAUCCGAUCAAUUCUUCAUCCCAAGUUUCUAAAACAAUUAUGAGUAGCAAUCCGGUCAUGCCGUUCUCACGGGACUCUCCGUCUGGUCCUGGCCGUUCGGGGUCCUUCAUGGUGGAAUUCUUUGAUGAUAUUUUUCGAGCAUGUCCUUCAUCUAGUCUAUUUUAUGUCCAUCAAAUUUUUUCUUGAAAUUCUAUCGGAAAAACAAUUAAAUAAUUUUUUUAAACACACUGUGUUAUGUGUGUGUGUAAACAACGCAGUGUUUUUCAAUUCCACAUUUGACGAACUUCGCGAUUAAAUUUUUAGUUUGAAUUUGGUGGAUAUAAACUAGACUUUAAGAAGAACAUUCUCAAAAAAAAUUAUCAAAAAAUGCCACCGGGAAGGACCCUAAAUGGCCAAAUGGCCUUGGUCGGAUGGCAGGUCCUGUCAGGCCGACUUGACAUGAUCGCUACUCAUAUGUGUAUUAUUCACUAAUGGAUUUUAGUUCAUAAAUUCUUUUAGAUAUAUUGGACAGAAGUUAUUAGGAUUUCCAAACAGGGACUAGUAGUUUAGUUUAAGAAUAAACAUGUGUUCUUAUAAUCUUUAAGGUCACGUAUCGUACUAAAAAACUUACUUCG